AUAUAUGCCACUUACAGUAAUUCCGAAUAUUUGACAAAUAAAAAAUGGCCACUCAAGAGGUAAUUUUCCCCCACUUAGCUGGAGAUUAAAGCAACCAGGCACCAUUGCCUCCUGGCUGUCGGGUUUGAAGCUCAGGGUUGUUAAAGCUUCAGAGUAAACAGGCAGCGGCAGGAGAAGGAUGGAGAUGCCGGAGGAGAAAUAGCUCCCCAUAAACAUCCACUAUGGGCUUUUCUACCCAACAUUUAGACAAAAAUGACCACAGGCCAUGAUUGAGAUGUUUCACACCACAAAGCUGAAUACCAGAUUGCCUUCCACCAUAAAGAGAUAGCCAGUCUGCAGGAUGGAGACCCAGAAGGAAUGACAGUCCUCUUCGCCCUUGGGUGACGCACCGACAAUUUAAGAAAAUGCACUGGGCCAGGGGAUACGUUUUUCUGGUCCUGGUUUCUCUUAUCGCCUGUAACACUGCUUGGGCCUUAUCGGUGGACACGGUUGGAAACGGCACAGAAAUUAACAAUGUCACAGACAGCAGGUUUGUCCCAGUUGUGUUCACAAAAGUGAGCCAGAUAAUUGCCCGUGAGGGGAGCUGCGCACUGAUUGAUUGCAAUGUCACCGGAGACCCAAUCCCCAGCGUUCAAUGGUUCAACUCCCAUGGAGACCGCCUGGACACAGAAACAAGUGGUGGGAAGUGGUGGCUGCUGGACAACGGUGUCCUCAACAUCACCAGCAUCGAGUUUGCAGAUCGCGGGAAGUACACCUGCAUGGCAUCCAACAUCUACGGCAGCUCCAACUGCACAGUGACCCUGCGUGUGGUCUUCACUAACGGUGACAUGGGCGUUUACUACAUGGUGGUUUGUCUGGUCACUUUCACCAUCAUCAUGAUCCUGAACGUAACGCGCCUCUGCAUGAUGAGCAGCCACCUGAAGAAGACAGAGAAAGCCAUCAACGAGUUCUUCCGCACAGAAGGUGCUGAGAAGCUGCAGAAAGCCUUCGAGAUUGCCAAGAGGAUCCCCAUCAUCACCUCGGCCAAGACGCUGGAGCUGGCCAAGGUGACGCAGUUCAAGACCAUGGAGUUUGCGCGGUACAUCGAGGAACUGGCUCGCAGCAUCCCGCUGCCACCGCUCAUCAUGAACUGCCGCACCUUCAUGGAGGAGAUCCUGGAGGUGGUCGGGGUGGAAGAGAUGAGGCACACCUUUGUCCGACACGCUCCCGAGGGGCGGCGCGAAGUAGCAGGCAGGGUGGCUUCGAUUGGGGCGAGAGACGUCUUCACCAUCCUGCAGGUUAGGGACAGGGAGCGCAGUGGGUCGCCCACCGCUGACUCGGACAACUCGUCCGUUCACGAGCAGCCGCAGCACAUCGCCAUUCAGGCGUCGGUCCACCCGCCGCUCGCUGUCGGAGAUUACUGCAGCAUCGAAGCUUCUCCCCAGCCUGAGGCCACAGAGACCUCACCACCCCCUUCCUCGCCCCCACCACUGUCUCCUCUUCACUUCCAGGAGGAGCCUGAGGUUGGGGGAAACCAGAGCAGCCAGCAGGCUGGUGCAGAGCAGAGGGCAAUGACCCCUCCCUGCCAGGUGUUUUAUGAGAGCCAUGUGUGAAGAAGAGCGAUGAGUUACCCUGCUAUGCACUUCCACUUUAAGACAAAAAAAGUCCAUAAAACAUUCAAAUUUCACAUUUUGGAGACAAACAAUCACAUUUUUAUUUACCUUUUCUGAAUCUUUAAAGCUUUGUAGGUUCAUCCACAGAGAAUAGAUCAGAAGCUUUUUAGACACUUGAACAUUUUUCUCACUCUGGACCUUCAUGCUUGAAUGUACAUGGGAGGUGUAAUUAAUUUUCUUAAUGUAGUAAGCAAAGAAUUGUAUCGGGACACUUUCCAUGUUGAGUUCACCACUCUGUUAUUUAAGGAGGAGGCAGGGUUACUUAUAGGGAGUGGGGUGGUUCAGUUAUUAGUUUCUUACACUUCUAGGGUUUUUAUGGUUUAUUCUUGAAAUCAGCUGCAAGCUGCUUUUCAGUGGCACUCUUUUCAGACCAAGCACAGUAAAUCGCCUUCAUUUACUCCAGAAACCACAUCCAACUGCUGUUAGAGCUGUUCUGCUCACCUACAGAUGCAUGCUGGACUGAGAAAAGUACAGAAGAGUCAAGAUUGCUCAGCAUGUCAGUAAAGCCAGGUGGACAUGUCGGAGUGCAUUUCCUGAUUAGAUACUACUCAGAGUGGAUAUGAAUUUAUUUCCUUUGAGAUGUUUUGAAAACUAUUAUUACCCAUAGUGAAGUGGUUUUAUUUCUCCAGUCGAUCUAGUUUAGCCAUUUUUCAACAAAAGUCCUGUUACCUCAGCUUCUUUUUUCUGUCAUAUGCCAUUUUAGAUUUGAAAUCUUAGUCUCUACCUGAUCUCAGCAUCGUCUUGCUUCUGCAGAGGCUUUAUAGUCGCAUUUCUGCUUGCAUGUAUAAGUGGUCAGAAGAGAUGUCUGACAUCUUACUCUGGGACUUCAAGGACUCCUUCUGUAUCUUCCCUUGCUUGGCUUAAUAUCCAGUCUGCAGCAGUGAUGAGCUGGAUGCUGUUCUGCUUUUACUGGUGCUCUUGAAAUGCCUCUUUUUUUUUGUAGUGGAAUAAAAUGGAAGUGCUGUGCUUAAAAAUCAAAUGUGUACAUUUU